AGCGCGCUUUUUGUGUCCCCAGCCCCGAGGGAGGAGGUCGCCUACGUGACCUGCACCUACAGGAACACGGGCAUCGAUCAGCCCGAUUUCCUGGCCACCGUGGACCUCAACCCGCGCUCCUGCCACUACGGCCAGGUCAUCCACCGGCUGCCCAUGCCCAACCUCAAGGACGAGCUGCACUGCGCGGGCUGGGCGGGCCCCGCCUGCGGCUGCUUCGAGAGCGGCGCCGCGGCCAAAAGGACCAAACUGGUGCUGCCCGGGCUCAUCUCCUCCCGCAUCUACGUGGUGGAUGUGGGAUCGCAGUGCCGGGCGCCGCGCAUCUGCAAGAUGAUUGAGCCCGUGGAUGUGUUCUGGAAGUGCAACAAGGGCUACCUGGCUGUGAGCCACGCCCUGCCCAACGGGGACAUCCUGAUCGCCAACACGGGCGACCCUGCCGGCAACGGCAAAGGUGGCUUCGUGGUGCUGGACGGGGCCACCUUGGAGCUGAAGGGCAACUGGGAGAGCGAGUGCGAGACCCCGGCGAGCGGCUACGACUUCUGGUACCAGGCGCGGCUGAACGUGCUGGUCAGCUCGGCCGGGCUGGUGCCCAAAGUGGCCGGGAGGGGCUUCAGCCCCGAGGACUUCAACAAAGGGAUCUUCGGCCGCCGCCUGAACGUGUGGAACUUGUCGUGCCGCAGCCUCACGCAGUGCUUCGACCUGGGCGAGGAUUCGCUGCCGCUCACCGUGCGCUUCCUGCACCGGCCCGACGCCGCCGAGGGCUACGUGGGCUGCGCGCUGAGCGGGGCCAUCUUCCGCUUCUACAAGCCCUGCGAGAGAGAGAACUGGGCCGUGGAGGAGGUGAUCCGGAUCCCGGCCAAGGACGUGUCGGGCUGGAUCAUGCCCAAGAUGCCAGGUUCGUGCGGGUUCGUGCGGGUUCGUGCGGGUUCGUGCGGGUUCGUGCGGGUUCGUGCGGGUUCGUGCGGGUUCGUGCGGGUUCGUGCGGGUUCGUGCGGGUUCGUGCGGGUUCGUGCGGGUUCGUGCGGGUUCGUGCGGGUUCGUGCGGGUUCGUGCGGGUUCGUGCGGGUUCGUGCGGGUUCGUGCGGGUUCGUGCGGGUUCGUGCGGGUUCGUGCGGGUUCGUGCGGGUUCGUGCGGGUUCGUGCGGGUUCGUGCGGGUUCGUGCGGGUUCGUGCGGGUUCGUGCGGGUUCGUGCGGGUUCGUGCGGGUUCGUGCGGGUUCGUGCGGGUUCGUGCGGGUUCGUGCGGGUUCGUGCGGGUUCGUGCGGGUUCGUGCGGGUUCGUGCGGGUUCGUGCGGGUUCGUGCGGGUUCGUGCGGGUUCGUGCGGGUUCGUGCGGGUUCGUGCGGGUUCGUGCGGGUUCGUGCGGGUUCGUGCGGGUUCGUGCGGGUUCGUGCGCUCGGGGGCGGCACCGGGCACGGUGUUCGUGGGGGGCAGCAUCCUGCGGGGGGGCCCCGUCACCGUCUGCAGGGACGAGGAGCUCAAGGGGCAGCCCGAGCCGCUGGUGGUCAAGUGCAAGCGCGUGUUCGGCGGCCCCGCCUCGCUGCAGCUGAGCCUGGACGGGAAGCGGCUCUACGUGACCAACUCCUUCUACAGCACCUGGGACCGGCAGUUCUACCCCAGCCUGAUCAAGGAGGGCUCGGUGCUGCUGCAGCUGGACGUGGACACGGACAAGGGCGGGCUGGCCGUCAACAAAAACUUCCUGGUGGAUUUCGGCAAGGAGCCGCACGGGCCGUGCCUGGCGCACGCCGUGCGCUUCCCCGGCGGCGACUGCAAGAGCGAACCGCUGGCCUGAGCGGGCGAGAGGCGGCGGCGCCGCG